AUGAGCGUGCUCGAUGAAUGCUUACAAAUAAUUAAUUAAUUUACAGAAAAACAUACUGGUAAAGUAAAAGAUAUAGAUCAGUCAGAUAAAUGUUAGCUGAUUAAUGAUUUAAAAUUAUAUUUGUCAAAAAUAAAUGGAAAAAAGGAUAUGAACUUAAUUGAAAAUAGCUUAUCUUGCUUGUAAAAAUUGCAAAUUUGUCCAAAUUAAUUAGUUUUUAGCAUAGUUUAUGAGCUCUAUAUGUACUAUUUAAGGGUUGAGGAGAGUUCUAAAUCUCUAAAGCAAGUAAUGAAUCAUAAACUUCUUUUAAUUUUGAAAAGCAAAUACUUAGAAGAGCACCAUUUAUGCAAUAUCGUUAAUCACCUUGAUAAGACAACCAGUGUUCUACAGAUUCUUUCUCAGCAAGACAAAUUAUCAGUUUAUAUAUUUUUUUUAGAGAAGAUUUUUUAAGGACACUCAAAUAACUUAAACGAAGUAAUUAGAAUUUGUAGUAGAUUAGCAGCUGAAGAUAAAAAGGAUUACCUUGAAGGAUUAGGAUUAAUGAUUGCAACAGAAUAUUAAGAUAAUAAGUAAUAAAAAAUUAAAUUAAAUAAUGGCGAAAGAAUAGAUUGCAUUUCGAUGCUAAUAUUUGGGCUAAUGAAUAAAAUUUAUAAUAUUUAAACAGAACAACAAAUUGAAAAUGAAAAUGAAAUAUUAGAAAUAUAUAACUUAGCUAUCAAGUGUAUAGAUGAUUUUCUUAAAAAUUUAUUUCGCAAAGUAAUUGAGGAAGGUAACUAAGCAUCUUCUAUUUCAGUAGCUGCUUCCACAAAAAAUAAAAAAGAAUCACAUAAAAUACAGCUAUUUUUAUUUAACUUUAUAAAUGAUAUCUGCAAACAAUUAUACUCUUAAGAAUACUCUAUAAUACCUGUGAUAUUUAAUGUAUUUACAUCUAUACUUAACAGCUACAUAAACCUAUCUAAUUAUCAAAACAAUCACUUUAUAAUUGAUUUGACUAAAAGCAUCCUCAAAAUCCUUUAUAAAGAUACAUAAUAAAUAACCCAGUUCAGCUAAGAUAUGCAGAUUAUAUUCUGCUAAAAAGCUCUCAAAGGUAAAAAGUCAAAGUACAACGGCUCAGUCUUUUGUAAUGUAUGUUCAGAAAUAGGAUUUUUUACAUUAAAAUAAAACGAGCACGAAAUAUCCUUCUGCUAAGAAUGUUCAAACUUAGAAAUAACUUCAUAACACAUUUCUUAGAUAAAAAAUUUAUCUGAUUUAUUAAUCAAAGAAUAAAUUGCUUUUUUACAAACGUUAACAUAUCUCUAUGCAGAUACUCAUCAUAAAACUCUAAAUAUAAACUUCUUGGAGUCUAGGAGCACUAAUAUUAUACUUCACUUUGUCUAACAAGCCUACAAUAAACCAAUAAAUGCUAAAAAUAAAAAAAUUACUUUCUUCCUUAACACUCUCACAUCAUAAACUAAAUUAGGUAAUCCACCAGAUUCCCUGGGAAGCACAGAAUUAGAUUUCCUAGAUUUUAUAUAUAAAUCAAAAAUACAAACUAUGUUUGCAAUUCAAGACAAAAUUGAAUAUCUAUUAAAAUAUAUUUUUGGCCUCACUAACGAUAACUCUAGCAUAAUUAGAAACAAAAGCUUAACUAUUUUAAAUGAAAUAGAAGGCUUCAAUAGAUCUCAAAGAUUCGAAUAAUAUAUUGAUAUUCGUAGAAGAGACUAAUAAGUGACUGUCAGAAUGACUUGUUUGAAAAUUUUAGAAUAGCUUUAUAUGUCAGAGGAUCAAACACAAUUUGAAAGUGAUAUUGAAUAUAGAGAGAGAAAAGAAAGAUACUUUAAAAUGAUUAUGGACAGAUUUAAUGAUAAAGAAACUUAAGUUAGAGGGACAGUAUUGAGUUUUAUCAGCAGUAACUUAAAUACUAUUGCAAAUGAUAACCAGUAGAAGAUAAGCUUAAUAAAAGAACUUGUGAUUAGAGUUUUAAGUGACACUUAGGAAUUUCAAAUAUAAUCUCUUGAUGUUUUAGCAAAAAUAUACUUCCCAUUUUUUUAGGGAAAGCAAGAGACAAAAAAGGCAGUGAAAAAGACAAAAAAAGAAACUAAAAAAAACUAAAAUAUUUUAAAUAUUGAAGAGGAAAAAACCUUAGAAAACAUAAUUGAGCUGCAAAAGUUAUAUGAAAUAAAUACAGAUAUUAUGGUAAGAAUCUUUAGUCAUUUCUAAGAGAACCAAAGCGAUUCUGCUUCAAUUCUCAAUACAAUGCUUUAAAUCAGCUUAAAAAUAUUAGAAGAAUUCAUUUCAGAUAAGAAAGAGAGAAGAUUCAUUUUGGAAAUUAUUGAAGUCCUGUCUAGAAUGAAAAAUAUUUUUGAUAUUUAUUAAGAGUUUUAAAUAUUCAUUUCAUAUUUUGAUCUGUUAGUUUUAGAAAGAAAUUAAAUUCCAAUUGCUAAUAAAGAACAAAGGGCUGAAACUAAUUUAUGCAUGAUAAUUAUUUUAGACAUAAUAAUCAAUAUGUUUUAAAGAAACUCAAUUGUCUCAAACCCUUAAAUAAAAAGUUCAAUUUCGAAGAUAGAAGAUAAGUUACUAAAUUUAAUUUAGAAAGAGGGAAAUGUUUAGGUGCUUAAAAAAUUAGUCCAAUUAAGUGCUUAUUCAAUAAAUUAUUCAUCUUAGGAUAUUCAAAAAAUACUAGAUAUAUUUAAGUAGAGAUAUGCCUUUUUAAAAAAUGUAUCUGACAUGUAAAACCUCAGCUAAAAGAUUAACUUUGGAGACUAAAAUGAAAGUGAAAUUCUCAUUUUUAAAAUAACUAUGAGUAUGUAUAUUGUAUCAAUUUAUUCUUAUCACUUUAUGAAAGGUUCAUUUUAAGCUCUAAGCAUAAACUUAAAAGAUGUCCUUGCACUACUUUUAUUUUAUCUCUCUCUACCUAACGAAAGAAUUUAGGCUGCUAGCUUUGAAAAUAUUUCAAUGCUUUGGGAAAAAGAAUACGAUUUAAUUUUUAGUUGCUAAGACAUACUCUAAGAAAUUAUUGUUAGCAAAUCAACUUCUGCUAAACUUUUGAUCACAAUUUAUACAAUCUUUGAUAAAUACAUUCUCAAGCACUCUAACUAAAUAAAAAAGAAAAUCAACACACAAAUUACUGUAAAAAACAGUAUGGUCGAAGAAAGUGAAGAAAAUAAUCAAAGAAAAAGCAUAGACUAAGAAUUAGAACACAUAACAUCAAUUAUUAGGGAUUUAACUAUUAAGAGCUAUGAGCAAGGACUACAAAACCCAGACUAAAUGGUAAAAAAAACAAUCCUAAGGCUUUUAAAUCUUUUAGUGAACGAAAAUUUAGUUAUUUUUCAGCAAGUUGGAGCUAAUAUUAUAUGUCUUGUAUGUGAUCCUGAUAUUUUAAUUAGGACAUUAGCUAAUUCUAUUAUCUAAGAGGAAUGUUUAAGAAACAAAUACUCUAUAGACAAGUGUUUAAAAGCAGGCUUAAGAAAAAGUGCAGUUUUUAUAGAUUAGAAUUAUAAGCAGUUUACAAUAACCGAAGGACCUGAAGAUAAGUGCCAAUCCCUCUUUGAAAGAAUAAACACAGUGCUAAAAUUGAAAGACACUCCUGAAAAGGAUACAAAUAUUUUUGCAAAAAGAGUCUGUGAAAUUUUAAAUGAAAUAAAUGAAUGGUCUUAUGAAGAUCAUGAAGUAGCUUUUUUUAUUAUGUAACUUAUAAUCAGCUUAAAUUAAAUCACUCAUGGAGAUAUUUUGAUAUUCCUUAAUGGAAUGAAAUCAGUUUCUGACAAGGUUUACUACGAGGUAAAAGAUUUCUUAAAGAGAGCCAUUAAUAAUCAAAUAGACUAAUUUGAUGAAGAAGACGAUUUAGAAAACGAAAAAGCCUUCAUUAAAACCAAUAUAUUGCUGAUGUGUCUCGUUACCAGCCAUAUUUUGAUUAUACAGUCUAGCUUGUCUCUUGGUAAGUACUAGUAGAUAGAUAGCUUCAUUUAAAAACUAAGUUCUUCUUACCUUGAAGAAACAACUAUUUUAGAUAAUCAGUCUAAUAACAGAAACUCUGAUCUACAAUAGCAACUAAAGGUAAAAUGGGUUAAGAAAUUUAAUGGGAACAGAAAUCUUUUAGAUAAUUUUUCUGAUUUAUUUUUGGAGUAAAUGAGAGAUUUUGAUUGCUCAAACGAGGCUUAAUUGAAAAUGCUGAGAAAAAAAAUAAAGCAUUUGUUUUAUGAUUAUGUAGAGAGUGAUAUUAUAAAAGUUCUUGACUUAACAUAUACAGACACUGACAAAAACCUUAACUCCGACAUGAAAAGUAAAGAAACAACUAAGCUAAACUAGAGAGGAAAGCCAACGAAGGCAUAUGAUAUUUCUAAAGCAAGUACAAAACAUAGAAAUAUAUAAAAGUAGAAUUCACACAAAUCAUCUAAUAACAGUGAAUCAAGCUAUCAUUCAUGUAAGGGAAGUAAAAGUUCAAAUUAUUAAGAUCUAGAUUAUAGUGGAGUUUCUCACAAAAGCGCCUCAUCCCAAAUUUCAAACCCAUUCAAAAUGAAUUUAAGAAAUAGACAAAACGUAAAAAGGUAUAGUAAAAUUUAAGAAGAUUAAUCAGAUACCUAAUCAGAUGAAGAUUCUUAAUAAAAUUACAAAAAUAAUAAGGAAAAUGACGACUUUGAUGAUGACUAUGCUUGA